CUUGUUUGCUAUUCAGUAUUCACAUCAGUCAAAAGCGUAAUUAUUUAUAAAAUAAAUAAAGACGAUAAAGCUACUUCUAUGUAACCGAAUAAAAAUUCAUACAAGAAAAGAAUAGCAAGUAAUUUCUCACAGACCACGAUGCCAAGCCAAUACGAUGAAGAGCGGGUCUGGGAAGGAUCUACACAUGGACAGUAUGAGGAGGAAGGCGCAGAAGAUGUUAUUGAUAACCCUGAAGAAGUACUACAAGAAUGCUUGGAAAAAUUCAAGACACCCGACUAUAUAAUGGAACCAGGAAUAUUUGGCCAACUUAAAAGAUAUUUUCAAGCUGGAGGAAACCCAGAACAAGUGAUAGAACAGCUAUCAAUAAACUAUAAUGCCGUUGCUCAAAUGGCUAACUUAUUAGCCGAAUGGCUUAUUCUUGCAGGUGUCAAAGUAACUGAGGUACAGGCGAUGGUUGAAAACCAUUUAAAAGAUAUGAUAUUGAAAACCUUUGAUCCUAAGAAAGCAGACACGAUCUUCACUGAAGAGGGUGAAACUCCAGCUUGGUUAACAGAAAUGAUUGAACAUCCAACAUGGAGAUCUUUGAUCUACCGUCUGGCUGAGGAGUACCCGGACUGCUUGAUGUUGAAUUUCACCAUUAAGCUUAUUUCCGAUGCUGGCUUCCAAGGCGAAAUAACUAGUAUAUCAACAGCAGCACAACAAAUUGAAGUAUUUUCUAGGGUCUUGAAGUCAUCAAUAGUAGGCUUUCUACAAAGUUCUGUUGAUUGGCAAAACAGUGUUACAGAGUGUGCUAAAAUGGUAUGUCAUGGUGCCCACACAUAUGUUUAUAGUCAAGUUAUUGUACACAUUUUGUCACAAGAACCUCGAGGAGGUGCCAUUAUGAAACGAUUAAGCCAAGAAAUAACUCGCUGUGCUCAACAAGGUGGGCAUGAUGUUACACCAAUCACUCUAGCACUGACGCCCGGCGAGUCGUGGCGCAGCGCCCGAACUGCUCUGGCGGCCAUGUUGUCGCGUGGUGCACUUAACCCGGCAGAUAUAUCAGUAUUAUUCCGAGCGUACACGCAGCCUGAACCCCCACCAGUACACCUGCUGAGGAUACCACAGUUCCUUGAAUUACUAGUGGAUUCACUUUUUAAACUUGGGAGCAAGUUGAACCCUGAACACAAGUCAAAAUACAUGUACUUGUUGGCAUAUGCCGCUAGUAUAUGUGAAGGCCCAGCCCCCGGGAGACCUGUGAGAGAGGAGCUGAAAGCGACAGUCCAGGCGAUUGAGAAAAUCCACACCGUGUGCAGCAGCUCCGCUAGCUCCAGUGAACUACUGGCUGAGCUUCCCUCACUUUACCAUUGUAUAAGAUUUCCAGUAGUGGGCAUGGGCGUACUAGUAUGGGUGGAGUGUGUAGUGACAGAGCGCUCGUACUUCAAGCUGUGUACGGAGCACUGUCCCGUUCAUCUGGCACUCCUCGACGAGGUCGCCUCCUGCCAUCCGCUGCUGCACCACAGACUGCUAAAACUGCUCAUCAAAUUGUUUGAAACACCACAAGAUGAAUUGGAAAUUUUAGUACAGUUGGAGCUACGGAAGAUGCUUCUAGAUCGUAUGGUGAACCUGUUGAGCCGUGGUUGUGUGGUGCCGGUGCUGAGGUACAUAAAGCAGUGCGUGACGCGUGGUGACGUCGAUAUAUCACUCAUCAGAUAUUUCAUCACAGAGGUACUAGAUGCCAUAGCUCCACCUUAUACGCAGGAGUUUGUUCAACUGGUUUUGCCAAUGGUCGAGAAUGAGGAGAUCACAGGUACAAUGAGGGCUGAGGGAGAAAAUGAUCCUGUUUCAGAAUUUAUUGUUCAUUGCAAGGCACACUACAUGGCAGUUUAGUUGAAAUAAUAAGACUAAAUAAAAAAUAUUUUAUAUUACAUAAUUAAAUUAUUAAAUUAAAUCUUAUUAUUGAUCUUUUUUAUAGUUUCUAAAUAUUU